AUCAUCACACUUGGAGCAGCGGACACGAAACCGCCUGUGAUGCUCAAAAUGCAGCACUCGCUAAGGGGUUAAAAAUGCUGUCUAGGUAGACAGCUCACUGGGCUUUGUGACACAACCAGUCAUGGUUUUUGGGAGUAAAGUGCCUCGGUCAGUUAGUUUUAGAGAGGGCGGAGAAGAGCUCGCCUCAUGAGAGCAUAACGUCAGUGAAUGUGUGGGACUCGUAUUUAUUUUUGUUUCAGAGUUAUUAUGUUUUACCUCCAUAUAAUCCAAACAAUUCUUGAUUUGAAAUGUGGCUGUAAGCGGACUGUUUUUCCUUAUCAAUGUAAACCGUUGUAAAACCGGAGACUCCGCUCUCUCAUUCAGAAGUGAGAAGUCAGAUGGAUUGCUAAAACUGGCGUUCAAACUUCUGGAAAGUCAGUGUUUUCAGAGAUGCCUCCGCAGGGAGGUAGAGAAUAUAAGCCUGUUCCAGGUACGGUUGUACCUCCGGUACCCCCGAGAAGAUUCAGGGGCAGAGAUUUGUCAUCAGCGGUAAAGAGCCGUUUCGGGUCCGCAGUGGAUCGCCGGGUGAAGUGCGUGCUGGUCGGUGAUGGUGCAGUGGGGAAAACUAGUCUCAUUGUGAGCUAUACCACCAAUGGAUAUCCCACUGAGUAUGUUCCAACAGCUUUUGACAAUUUUGCAGCGGUUGUAGCUGUGGAUGGCAAGCCAGUGAAACUUCAGCUUUGUGACACUGCGGGUCAGGAUGAGUUUGACAAGCUACGGCCGCUGUGUUACACCAAUGCUGACGUCUUCCUGCUCUGCUUCAGUGUGGUAAGUCCCACCUCCUUCCAGAAUGUGAGGGAGAAGUGGGUGCCUGAGAUCCGUCGGCACUGCCCGAAGGCACCUAUACUGCUGGUAGGCACUCAAGGUGACCUCCGGCAAGAUGUCAAAGUGCUUAUCCAGCUUGCGAAAUAUAAAGAGCGUCCAGUGGACACCCAAGAAGCCUGCUUAUGUGCUGAAGAAAUGCAGGCUGUCUCAUAUAUGGAGUGCUCAGCACUCACCCAGAAGAACCUCAAGGAGGUGUUUGACACAGCCAUAGUGGCCAGCAUCCAGUACUCUGACAGCCAGCAGAAAAGACUGAAGAAGCGCACGCCUGAUAAAAUGAAGAAUCUCUCCAAGUCUUGGUGGAAAAAAUACUGCUGUCUGGCAUAGAAGAAAAAUGUUUUUGUUUUUGUGGACGCGGUUUGAUUAGAACUUGCUUUUUAAAAAUACAAAUGGAAACAAAUCUAUCUGCUUUAGUGGAUUAACUGGAGCAGAGGUGGUCAUGAGACAUUGAAGAGGACAUAAUCUGUAGAAAAAAUCUGUUAUCUUUUUUGUCUUAAAAAAUGGAAUGAUUCAUAGCCAGCAGUUUCCAAGCCAUCUGCUACAAUGGACAAAAGAAUUUCACUGUACACUUGAAGAUCUGUUCUACUUUUGGAAAAUUCCAGUUUAACCUCAAAUGGUCAUUUGAACAAUUCAGGGUAGGAGUCAUCUGUCUGUCUUUACCUUAUCUCCUGUUGAGGAGGGUUUAAGUGGACUUAAGAGCUGCCUUAUUACUACAGAUCAAAUUAGACUACCACCUUUCCAGAACUGCACUCCUCCAUCCAAGUUUCGCUACACUGUAAGAAGCAAAGACCACCUUGAUCAAUUUCAACAAAGCCUAGUGUUGGUGUUUUAACGUUCUACAUUUCUAUAAACCCACAAAGAAUUCCUUAUUACUUACAUGAACAGUAUAACUUGUUGUAUGUUCUGUCAUGUAUUUGUCAAAGCAUUAAAGGGAUAGUUCAAUCAAAAAUUAAAAUUGUCUCAUCAUUAACUCACCCUCAUGCCAUCCCAGAUGUUUAUGUUUUUCUUACUUCUGCUGAACACAAAGAUUUUUAAAAGAAUAUUUGAGUUCUUUCAGAAUGUGAAAGUGGAUAUUUAUAGUAAAAAAGGACUUAAAUAUUGAUCUGUGUGGCAGGGCGGAGGGCGGGGCCGGGUCGUGAUCCUACGCACCCAGUCCCGUAUUAAGCUAAUCAAGCCUCCGAGGUAUAAAGGUCGACUGCAGGGUGUCGUGCGGGAGAGAGAGAUCGUUGACGAUCCCUUCUAAAGACAUAAGAUUUAACUACUGGAGUAGUAUAAUUACUUUUAUGCUGCAUUUAUAUGCUUUUUGGAGCUCGAAAGGUCUGGUCACCAUUCACUUGCAUUGUAUGGACCUACAGAGCUGAAAUAUUCUUCUAAAAAUCUUUAUUUGUCUUCUUGCUGAAGAAAGAAAGUCAUAGACAUCUGGGAUGGCGUGAGGGUGAGUAAAUUAGAGAAUUUUCAUUUUUGGGAGAACUAUCCCUUUAAUUGUUAUCUAGAUUAAAAGCAGAUGUUUGGGCACACUGUCAACUUGACAUCACUGACAUGUAUUUGGUUGUGCUGUUAGGGUGAAUGAUAGUCAAUUUUAGAGUCAGCAAGACACUGGGACAUCUCUCCAGGCUCUCUUGUUUACAUUUGGAGUUAAGUCCACACCCAAACAUGCUGUGAGGUCAGGGCAUUUGUAAGUGCAAGUAGACUUAGUUGGCCAGUUGGACUGUAUAUCUGGUCAUUGAACCUGGAGUUUCAUCAACAACACAAUGUUUUGGGAUAAGCGAUUCAGUUCAGGUUCAACAAAGUUGAAAUCUGUUGGACACAGAUGUACUUAAGUAUUUGUAUUUAUACAUUGUUCAUUCAUUUGAGAUGACAGACUAACCAACACAAAUUUGUUUCCACAUUUUCAACUGGGAAUUACAGACCAGUGGUCAUCAUUUCUUUCUAAUUACUUCCCAUUAAAAUAAAUGAAAAAAAAGAAGUUAUUAUUACAUCUACAUUCCAGACUCUUCAUGGCAAUGCGAUUUAUACCAUUUUUUUAUGUCAAAAUUGUCACAGAAAAUCUUUUAAUGUAAGAAAAUUGUCUAUAGUUCUAGAUGUGUGUUUGUUUCCAUAAAAAACAACAAUGUCCUCCACAUCAUACUUUGAUAAACGUUAUGGUCCUAUCAUUGAAGAAAGUCUUUAUAACAUUUGUGUUGGAUUGUUCCAGGACAAAUUACACUUUAUAUCAAGCUUUCACAUCAGAUGAACUGGAAAAGUCAUCUGCUGCUAUGCGAUAUGUGAUCAAGUGCAAAGUGAAUGACAGUAAUAAAAAGUUAAUGGUUCACUACAUAAGCUGGGGUAGAUGUUGAAGAAUUACUGCAUCACUAGUGGCAAACAUUUUCCUUCAUGAGCACCAAAUGAACCCUGAAUUAACAGAGAUACAGUAAUUGCUCACAGUUCUUUGUAUGCCACUUUUAGUGUUAGAUUAUGCCUGAUCCUGCUAAAAAAGACCAGCUUACACCAGCAUCACUUUACAUUAUUUUAGUCUUUCUUUUUUUUUCAGUAAAAAACAUUCUUCUAACAAUAUAAAUUUACUUGAGAAGAAAAAUUACAAGAUAUUUGGAUAUUUGAUAACAAAAUCUACUAAUGUUUAUGCUUAAAACAAGUUUAUUUUUCUUACCCCAUUGACAAAUAGUUUUUCUUGUUUUAAGAAUAAACCCUAAUUAUGAGUUAUGUUACAUUUCUCUGUAGCUGCUGAUUCUGAAGGUGUAAGCUUUUUGACCAUGGAAUUCUCGCUGUUUAGUCUAGUUACGAUGUCUGGUUGGGACACCAUCACCCAAAACACAACAUACUGUAAGCUGGUAUCUUUUCAGCAGGGGAUUGUGGCAAAGUGUUUAAAGAGUGUUGAGACUGUUGAAAGUAAGUGGCUCUCAGCAAGUGAUUAUAGUCCUGUAAACUGCAAGUGUUGAAGGUGAUGGCAUAAUGUGAGUUGUACCCCCAAAUCAAACAAUCAUAUUGGUCAGAAAACAAACUAUGUAAUGUGAUGUUGUGGAAAGGAUAGGCAUGCUGUAAACAGUACAUUGUAGUUAAUCAUUUAUCAAAAAAUAUAUUUGUGGUCAUAUAAUGUGAAUUUCAGAAUUACAUAUGUUGAAACAAUACAUGUAGUUUACAAUACAUUUAUUUACUUAAACAUUGUUCUAAACCUGUAUGACUUACUGUUUUCUAUGAAACAAUGAACACAGAAUUUUCUCUUGUCAGUGAACAAUCCCUUUUUAGUUCAGACUGACCGAACCAUAUGAGUGCUACAGUGCUGUAUACUUUCAGGGAAAGAUCAAUAGCUUGGUCAGAGAUUUUUGACAAGUAGCCAAAUGUUCACUUCAAACAGAUGCUAUUUGUUUAUUCACUGAUUUUUUUGUGCAUGUGAGUUGCAUUGCAGUGAUGUAUAUUUACUUUGUGAGUGAGCUCAUUGCUGCAGCGUCCCACCAGACGGAACUGUUCAGGAUCUGGUGGUAGUUCAGAUGAAACUGACAUGUAAUAACAGACAUGCCUGUAGGUUAUCUUUCACAAA